AUGGUAAUAUUGUUAAAUAAACAAACCACAAACAAGCACCCCAAGCCGGUUGGUCACCCUUCAGCAAAUGAAACACCUGAAAAAAAAGAGAAACCUAACAAUAUACACAUAGCCACCCUAAAUACACUAUCAUUGAGGACUGCAGAAAAACUUCUCGAAUUAGAGAUAGCUUUGGGUAAUAUUAAAUGGGAUAUUCUUGGCAUGCGCGAAGUAAGACGAAAAGAGAAUUGCAUCGAAGAGUAUGACAACUAUAUUCUGUACUAUAUCGGUGAAACCAAGGGCCAUUAUGGAUUGGGAUUUAUGGUGAAAAAAUAUCUAAAAAAACAAAUCAUAGAGUUCAAAGGCAUAUCCGAAAGAAUAGCUUUACUAAAUAUACAGCUACAAGGCUAUAAAAACACAUGGGCUAUAGUACAGAUAUACGCGCCAACCGAAGCAGUGGACGAAACAAUAAAAGAUAAGUUCUACAACCAACUUACAACUACACUAGGAACUGCCCAUAAAAACGUCAUCGUCAUGGGAGACUUCAAUGAGAAAAUAGGUAAACAAAAGCAUGGCGAAGAGACAGUAAUAGGAAAUCAUGGCAUAGGAACAAGAAGCAAAAACGGCAAGAGAAUUGUAAAUUUGGCUCUAGAGAAUAACAUAACCAUACUAAAUAGCGCUUUCAAUAAAAGAAACACCAGGAAAUGGACUUGGAUAUCGCCAGAUGGAACUUAUCGCAAUGAAAUCGACUUUAUUAGUAAUCAACCUAAGUUUUUUCAAGAUGUUCGCUUAAUAAAUAAUUUCAAUUUCAAUAGCAACCAUCGUAUGGUCAGAGCUGUACUAUUUCACAAACAACAAAAGAAACAACGAAAACACUUUCACCAGAGUGAAAAUACCUGCACGACUGAUACACGGUCUCAAUACAACUUAACAACCGGAGAAAUAGACAAAACACAAGAAAUUUAUAACAUAGAAACAAAUGAUAUUUAUAGAAAGAAUAAAACAACAAAAAACAAACAUACACUGAGCUCGAAAACAAAAGAUCACAUUCAAAAACGGAAAGAAUUGCUUAAAAAUGGAAGAAAUAAAACAACAUUACGUGAAAUUACCGAACUAAGUAAGGAGAUAAGUCGCAACAUAAGACAGGGUAAAUCGAAUGAAAGAAUAAAAUGUAUCCAAAAACACAUCAUUAAAACAGGAGGCAUUAGUAAAGCACUCAAAGAAUUAAAAGAAACAACGCUAUGGGAAAGCAAAAACAGCAAGGACGAAACAAGAAGACAGCCAAUUCUAAAGAUAGCGACAGACUUUUAUCGGAAAUUAUAUUUUACCGAAAACACCUUAAAAUUCAACAUAAACCUUGAAGACAAAACAGAAAAUAUUCCUUCGAUUCUUGAAAGGGAGGUUCAGCAUGCGAUAGAAACACAGAAAAAAUGA